CAAAACUCUCGCAACUCACAGCCAACGGCAAAAGGUACCUGCACCAUAUGUAGCUUCAUAUAUCAAGCAAUUGACGCUUCAGGCCCGAGGUCAUCACCAGUAACCACGUUCGCACUCUUCACCCAACAUCAUGUGCUACUACGCCCGCAUCGAUUUUGCCUGCGUGGAUUGGAAAUGGGGCAACAUGAAGCAACGUUGUCCUCGACAACACCGUAUCGGAGAAACUUGCGGUGCUCGCCUUGCAGAUCCCGACAAUAUCGACAGAGACGGAGAGCAAUGCCGAGUGUGCAAAGAAAUCGAAGUCAAACAAAGACGCAAGCAGAAGGAGCUAGACAACAUUGCGAGGUGGAGGCGCGAGGGAAACAAUUUCACAGCCAGCAUCGAAAAGGCUGAGCGGGAAGCCCUCCAGCUUCAGGAAACCAUUGACGAAUUGCAAAACCGACGCGCCUCGAUCAAAAGCCAGCUCAUAGGCGACGCGCGUCUUCCCACUCUGUCCAGAUAGAUCUGUGUGCAUGAUGUCUUCGAAAAGGGGUUGGUCAUUCUCUCAAGGUAACACUGCCGAGACUUUUUUAAUACCAGCGAGAGCAUAUGGCACGGUUCCAGGAGAUUGAGCUGGAAUGUAGCUGGUUUGAUGCUACCGAAGACUUGAUUCGCUUUUGAACCUGAUAAGUGCGACUGCAAGUAACACGAAAUUGUUAUAAAACGCUCAGAUGUUCUACUCACUGUCGCUGCUCAGUGAGAUAACAUCCGUCUUGUCAUCAUCAUCCUCCUGGGUGUUCU